AUGCAGGGUCAGAAGAGGAUAUUGCGACUUCAGUACGUACUAUACCAGACAACAGGUCCUCAACACGGCUACUCCAUCACACUGGACUCUGUUCAAAAUGGUCUCGAGAUCAACACAGCCUUCCUGAACCAUCUAAGUGUUGAUCCUAAUGCAAAUACUCCGACCGCAGGGGGAUCCGUUACGUUUGGCCAGGCCAUUGACGCUCUGUAUUCAGUCGGAAAGGAAAUGCAAACGGGAUCUUUCUCAUGUGUUGGCCUACUGGGCGGAGGUCUAGGAGGUGGUGUAGGACGGCUGUCGGGCCUACACGGUUUAGUCCUGGAGAGUCUCAUGACUGUAAGACUGAUGCUCCCCAACACAACUAUUAUCACCGCUUCCAAAGACGAAAAUGAGGAUAUCUUCUGCGCUAUUCGAGGCGCGGGCUUCAACUUUGGCUAUGUCUUGAACGCCACGUACCGGAUCUAUGACCAGGUCCCCAACGGCUUGCAUCUAAAUGCAGACUUCAAGUUUCCCAUUUCACAAGUGCAAAGUUAUUACGAGCGACUUGACACAAUAUCAAAGUCUCUGCCCAAAGAACCAUCUAUCCUCACACUGUUCAACUUUGAUGCGGAUCUUAACGAAACCGUGAUCACCGCCAACGCCGUCUAUGCUGGUCCUGAAGCAGACGGCCGUGCUGCCGUGCAGUUCCUCCUCGACCAGAACCCACUUUGGGCAAUUGGGGUCAACAGAAUUGACCCGGAUGCCUACACUACAGCCUCUGGGAUCCUUGCGGUGCCAGAUAACGAGACAGCGUAUCCAUGGCGAAGUUUGAUCGCGCAUGCGCUUCUGGAGUUCAAGCAUAGUGAUGCAAACCUCGACGCUGUUGUGGACGGGUAUGCAAGACGGAUUAGGGAUGUUCUGGUGAAAACAGCUGGGACAGCCCGGUUGAAUGUUUAUGUCAGUUAUUCACAUGGGGAUGAGACUUUGGAGGAGGUUUAUGGCGAACAGAAAUUGGGACGGCUGGCAAAGUUGAAGCAGAGAAUCGAUCCGGAUGGCUUGUUCGAUGCGUACCAUGCUUUACCAAUGGCUUAUCCUUGA